AAUAUUUGGAAGACGACAAAACGAUAUUGCCAUAUUUGCAAAUGAUUAAGGACUCCGGUUGGGUCUGAAACUAGUCGGGCGAUUUCGAUAAAUUCGUGUUGAUGAAAACUUUUGCACCAACAUUAGACAGCAUUAGACUAUGAUUAAUUAUCAAAUAGUUGCAAAAAAUAAUAAUAUAGCGAGUACGUUAGCAUAUUUCUUUGAUUGGAAUUGUAUUAACACACUGGAAGCCAUACUUAAAAUAUUUGUAAAAGUUUAUAAAAGUAAAUAAGACUUCGCCUUAACAAAUUCUAUUUAUUUAUAUACUUUAGAGAAUAAUGCAAUAAUGUCAUUCGAUUCCAAACUACACUUGUGUGCAUUUCUCUAUCAAACUCAAAACUAAAUUAAAAAUCAUUUCCGAAAGUAUUUUUUAAUUUAGAAGUGAUUCUUGUGCGUUGUGUUUAAUUUUAAAACCGAAUUUUAAGAUUAGAUUACGUUGAAGUGACAAUUAGUUUUCUCAAAUUGAUAUUUGAUUUUUUUUUUGGCCGGAAGAAGGAGUUUUUAAGUUUGUAAUUGAUUGAUAAGAAUCAUGGGUUUCCUUGAGGAACGAGAUUUGUCCGACGUGCCAACUAUCCCUGACUUUUACAAGGGGAAAACUAUUUUCAUCACGGGAGGAUCUGGGUUCAUCGGGAAGGUCCUGAUUGAGAAGCUCCUCUACUCCUGCUCGGAGCUGGACAGGAUCUACCUCCUCAUGAGGAACAAGAAGGGAGUGAAGGCGGAAGACAGGCUCGCUCAGCUGUAUGCGACUCCUUGCUUCGAAAGACUUCAAAAGGAGAGACCAGGAGUGUUUGAAUCCAAGGUUUUUAUAGUGUCUGGAGAUGUGCUGACUCCCGGUUUAGGUUUAUCUCAAGAAGACCGCGCUCUUCUGGUGAACAGAGUGAACAUCAUCUUCCACGUAGCAGCCAGCGUUAGAUUCGAUGACACCCUGAAGUUUGCUGCUCAAAUGAACCUACGAGGGACCAUGGAGAUAAUUGAACUGGCUAAAGAUGUCAGGGAGCUUUCUUCUCUAGUCCACGUUUCAACAUCGUACGCCAACACGAACAGGGACCCCAUUGAAGAGGUGCUGUACCCCCCACUGGCCGACUGGAGAGAGACCCUGGAAGUAUGCGAGACUGCUGAUGAGCAUUCAUUAAGGGUUCUGACUCCCAAGUACCUUGGGGAGCUGCCCAACACCUAUACAUUCUCGAAGCAGUUAGCUGAACAUGUGGUCUGUGAGCACAAAGGACAACUUCCCAUUGUCAUCGUCAGACCUUCCAUUGUAAUAUCAAGCGCAGAAGAACCAAUACCAGGAUGGAUAGAAAACUUCAACGGACCAGUUGGUAUUUUCGUUGCAUGCGGCAAAGGUAUUAUGCGUACUAUCCAUACAAAACCAGAUAUCGUGUGUGAUUUCAUUCCCGUCGAUGUCUGCGCCAAGAACAUCAUAUCCUGUGCGUGGAUUAGGGGUACCAAGAAAUUGGAACCGACAGAUGAUGUAGAAAUAUACAACUGUUGUUCCGGAAAACUGAAUAAUAUUUUAAUGAACGAUCUCGUGGAGAUGUCGAAACACAUUGGCAAAGAGAUACCACUUAACAACAUGCUGUGGAACACAGGAGGCACCAUCACGAAGAACAAACAUUGGCAUUAUAUUAAGGUCCUGUUCCAACAUUUGCUACCUGCACUUCUAGUAGAUACUUUACUCUGGUUGUUUGGACAGAAACCUAUGUUAAUCAAAGUCCAACGACGCAUCUACAUAGCAAACCUAGCUCUCAGCUAUUAUACAACCCAGCAAUGGACGUUUGACAACACGAACUUCACGAAACUCCGAUCUGUGCUAAAGGAUGAUGAUAAAAGUCAAUUUUUUUAUGACAUAGAGGGUGUUGAUAUUAGGGGGUACUUUGUAAAAUGCUGUUUUGGCGGGAGAAAGUUUCUGUUGAAGGAAAAGGACGAGGAUUUGCCGCAAGCAAGAGUGCAUUGUAGAAGAAUGCAGAUCUUGGACAAAACGUUACAGUUCGCUUUCUACGGUUAUAUCACGUGGUACGUCUGCACAAAACUAAUGCCAUACAUCAAUAAUUAUUUCUUUUGAAAAUCAUCUAUAAAUUGAUGUAGAAAUAAUGUAUUUUAAUUAGUGCCUCACAAGUUACAUGUCCCCUCGCUAACGCUGACGAAUCACUCGAAUGUAUUGAACUGACAAGUCAAAGUCACGUCACUUGUC